AUGUGUAGAGUGGUUGCCAGCUUAAGAUUUAAGGCGGUAUUUGGUAUGUGGAAAACGGGGAACAAUGUUUUGCUUUGUGACAAGAGGAAAAGUACAGCGGUGAGGACAAAAACGAGGACGAUGUUAGGUUGUGGAGAAUGGAUGGGUGGCGACCUUGGCAUAUGGUCAAUAAAAUUUGCAUAUUCACUUUUACCGGAUUUUCAAAGCUUUAUGAAUAUUGGAGUACGGCUGGAGAUGGGAGCGGGGUUGGAUAUACGGGGUGGGGGGGAAUGGUUUGUGGUGGUUGAUGAUGAUCAGAAGAAUCGAUGA